GUUACCGCUGAUAACACCAGCAACAAUGAUAUGACCUGUGACAAGAUUGAGCAGAUUCUUCACUGCCGUCACAUCUACUCUUUCGAUACCAAUAAACAACGCCUCCCAUGCCUCGCCCAUGUCAUCAACCUUGCUGUUGUGGCCCUCAUGUCAUCAAUCACCAAAAUUGCCAAUGUAGCGACUACAACGGCCAUAUGGGAAUAUGAUCCUACA